AUGACUGGAUUCUUGAGUAUCCGGGGAGCCCAGGAGGAGGAGCCGACAGACCCCCAGCUGAUGCGACUGGACAACAUGCUGCUGGCCGAGGGGGUGGCGGGCCCCGAGAAGGGUGGUGGCUCGGCGGCAGCCGCAGCCGCAGCAGCGGCUUCGGGAGGCGCGGGCUCAGACAACUCUGUGGAGCACUCCGAUUACAGAGCCAAGCUGUCCCAGAUCAGACAGAUCUACCACACGGAGCUGGAGAAGUACGAGCAGGCGUGCAACGAGUUUACCACCCACGUGAUGAACCUGCUGCGGGAGCAGAGCCGGACCAGGCCCAUCUCCCCCAAGGAGAUCGAGCGUAUGGUCAGCAUCAUCCACCGCAAAUUCAGCUCCAUCCAGAUGCAGCUUAAGCAGAGCACGUGCGAGGCCGUCAUGAUCCUGCGCUCCCGGUUUCUGGACGCGCGGCGGAAGAGACGGAAUUUCAACAAGCAAGCAACGGAAAUCCUGAAUGAAUAUUUCUAUUCCCAUCUCAGCAACCCUUACCCCAGUGAGGAAGCCAAAGAGGAGUUAGCCAAGAAGUGUGGCAUCACAGUGUCCCAGGUAUCAAACUGGUUUGGAAAUAAGCGAAUCCGGUACAAGAAGAACAUAGGUAAAUUUCAAGAGGAAGCCAAUAUUUAUGCUGCCAAAACGGCUGUCACUGCUACCAAUGUGUCAGCCCAUGGAAGCCAAGCUAACUCACCCUCGACUCCUAACUCAGCUGGUUCUUCCAGUUCUUUUAACAUGUCAAACUCUGGAGAUUUGUUCAUGGGCGUGCAGUCACUCAAUGGGGACUCUUACCAAGGGGCCCAGGUUGGAGCCAACGUGCAGUCACAGGUGGAUACCCUUCGCCAUGUUAUCAGCCAGACAGGAGGAUACAGUGACGGACUCGCAGCCAGUCAGAUGUACAGUCCGCAGGGCAUCAGUGCUAAUGGAGGUUGGCAGGAUGCCACUACCCCUUCAUCAGUGACCUCCCCUACAGAAGGCCCUGGCAGUGUUCACUCUGAUACCUCCAACUGAUCUCCCAGCAAUCGCAUCCCGGCUGACCCUGUGCCCCAGUCGGGACAGGGCCAGGAGGGAGGGUUUCUCUCCCAACGCUGAAGCGGUCAGACUGGAGGUCGAAGCAAUCAGCAAACACAAUAAGAGUCUCCUUCUCUUCUCUUCUUUGGGAUGCUAUUUCAGCCAAUCUGGACACUUCUUUAUACUCUCUUCCCUUUUUUUUUUCUGGGUAGAAGCCACCCUUCCCUGCCUCCAGCUGUCAGCCUGGUGCCCGCCAUCUUUCCCGCCCCUUCCCUCUGUCCUAGACUCCCGGGGCCCCCGCCCUCUCUUACAUCACGGAAGGAUAUUUUCAACCAUUAGAGGAAUCUAAAGAGGAAAGAAAAUACAAAGAAAAUAAUAAACGUGUU